GAAGGGAGAGUGAGGGGAGGGGCGAGCGCAGAGCCUCCGCCGGCCGUCUGAGCCCGCUGGGUCGCUGACGACGCAUGCGCCGGGAGGGGGCGCAAUCACGGACUCGGCUUGCGGCUGCCGGUUUAAAAAAGGAAACCCCGGAGAGCGAGAGCGCGAAGGAAAUCUGGCCGCCGCCGCCGCGAGCGCUCCCGAAUUUUUAUUUGUUCCUGCAAAGCUGCUGAAGCUCAGAAGCUGAUUCUAUCACAUUGUAAGAUGCCUUUGGAUAAUUCUACAGUCCUCUUAAAUGAAUCUUUAGAACUUGGCAAGUCUCACUAGAUACCUUCAAUCAUCAUUUUGAGCUCAAAGAAUUCUGAGACUUAUAGUUGGUCAUAUAGAAGAGUACCUUGAACCUAUAGUUUCCUGAAGAAUCAGUUUAAAAGAUCCAAGGAGUACAAAAGGCAGUUAUUGGAGGAAUUACUCAACAAAAAUAAAGAAGUAAACUAAAAAAGAUGAAGGCAUAGGAUACAAGUAACAGGGAAUAUGACCUAACUAGAGACCCAGGGAAUCACCAGGAUGAUGAUGAAUAAUGAUCACAAGAAGACAGCUUGUCCUCAGGAGAAGUACAAAUGUCUACUACAAGACGAAAACGUAGUAUGUUAUGUUGUUUACCGUAAGCUGUAGUAAAAUGAGCUCGAUUGUUGACAGAGAUGACAGUAGUAUUUUUGAUGGGUUGGUGGAAGAAGAUGACAAGGACAAAGCGAAAAGAGUAUCUAGAAACAAAUCUGAAAAGAAACGUAGAGAUCAAUUUAAUGUUCUCAUUAAAGAACUGGGAUCCAUGCUUCCUGGUAAUGCUAGAAAGAUGGACAAAUCUACUGUUCUGCAGAAAAGCAUUGAUUUUUUACGAAAACAUAAAGAAAUCACUGCACAGUCAGAUGCUAGUGAAAUUCGACAGGACUGGAAACCUACAUUCCUUAGUAAUGAAGAGUUUACACAAUUAAUGUUAGAGGCUCUUGAUGGUUUUUUUUUAGCAAUCAUGACAGAUGGAAGCAUAAUAUAUGUGUCUGAGAGUGUAACUUCAUUACUUGAACAUUUACCAUCUGAUCUUGUGGAUCAAAGUAUAUUUAAUUUUAUCCCAGAAGGGGAACAUUCAGAGGUUUAUAAAAUACUCUCUACUCAUCUGCUGGAAAGUGAUUCAUUAACCCCAGAAUAUUUAAAAUCAAAAAAUCAGUUAGAAUUCUGUUGUCAUAUGCUGCGAGGAACAAUAGACCCAAAGGAGCCAUCUACCUAUGAAUAUGUAAAAUUUAUAGGAAAUUUCAAAUCUUUAAACAGUGUAUCCUCUUCAGCACACAAUGGUUUUGAAGGAACUAUACAACGCACACAUAGGCCAUCUUAUGAAGAUAGAGUUUGUUUUGUAGCUACUGUCAGGUUAGCUACACCUCAGUUCAUCAAGGAAAUGUGCACUGUUGAAGAACCCAAUGAAGAGUUUACAUCUAGACAUAGUUUAGAAUGGAAGUUUCUGUUUCUAGAUCACAGGGCACCACCCAUAAUAGGGUAUUUGCCAUUUGAAGUUCUGGGAACAUCAGGCUAUGAUUACUAUCAUGUGGAUGACCUAGAAAAUUUGGCAAAAUGUCAUGAGCACUUAAUGCAAUAUGGGAAAGGCAAAUCAUGUUAUUAUAGGUUCCUGACUAAGGGGCAACAGUGGAUUUGGCUUCAGACUCAUUAUUAUAUCACUUACCAUCAGUGGAAUUCAAGGCCAGAGUUUAUUGUUUGUACUCACACUGUAGUAAGUUAUGCAGAAGUUAGGGCUGAAAGACGACGAGAACUUGGCAUUGAAGAGUCUCUUCCUGAGACAGCUGCUGACAAAAGCCAAGAUUCUGGGUCAGAUAAUCGUAUAAACACAGUCAGUCUCAAGGAAGCAUUGGAAAGGUUUGAUCACAGCCCAACCCCUUCUGCCUCUUCUCGGAGUUCAAGAAAAUCAUCUCACACGGCCGUCUCAGACCCUUCCUCAACACCAACCAAGAUCCCGACGGAUACGAGCACUCCGCCCAGGCAGCAUUUACCAGCUCAUGAGAAGAUGGUGCAAAGAAGGUCAUCAUUUAGUAGUCAGUCCAUAAAUUCCCAGUCUGUUGGUUCAUCAUUAACACAGCCAGUGAUGUCUCAAGCUACAAAUUUACCAAUUCCACAAGGCAUGUCCCAGUUUCAGUUUUCAGCUCAAUUAGGAGCCAUGCAACAUCUGAAAGACCAAUUGGAACAACGGACACGCAUGAUAGAAGCAAAUAUUCAUCGGCAACAAGAAGAACUAAGAAAAAUUCAAGAACAACUUCAGAUGGUCCAUGGUCAGGGGCUGCAGAUGUUUUUGCAACAAUCAAAUCCUGGGUUGAAUUUUGGUUCCGUUCAACUUUCUUCUGGAAAUUCAUCUAACAUCCAGCAACUUGCACCUAUAAAUAUGCAAGGCCAAGUUGUUCCUACUAACCAGAUUCAAAGUGGAAUGAAUACUGGACACAUUGGCACAACUCAGCACAUGAUACAACAACAGACUUUACAGAGUACAUCAACUCAGAGUCAACAAAAUGUACUGAGUGGGCACAGUCAGCAAACAUCUCUACCCAGUCAGACACAGAGCACUCUUACAGCCCCACUGUAUAACACUAUGGUGAUUUCUCAGCCUGCAGCCGGAAGCAUGGUCCAGAUUCCAUCUAGUAUGCCACAAAACAGCACCCAGAGUGCUGCAGUAACUACAUUCACUCAGGACAGGCAGAUAAGAUUUUCUCAAGGUCAACAACUUGUGACCAAAUUAGUGACUGCUCCUGUAGCUUGUGGGGCAGUCAUGGUACCUAGUACUAUGCUUAUGGGCCAGGUGGUGACUGCAUAUCCUACUUUUGCUACACAACAGCAACAGUCACAGACAUUGUCAGUAACGCAGCAGCAGCAGCAGCAGCAGAGCUCCCAGGAACAGCAGCUCACUUCAGUUCAGCAACCGUCUCAGGCUCAGCUGACCCAGCCACCGCAACAAUUUUUACAGACUUCUAGGUUGCUCCAUGGGAAUCCCUCAACUCAACUCAUUCUCUCUGCUGCAUUUCCUCUACAACAAAGCACCUUCCCUCAGUCACAUCACCAGCAACAUCAGUCUCAGCAACAGCAGCAACUCAGCCGGCACAGGACUGACAGCUUGCCCGACCCUUCCAAGGUUCAACCACAGUAGCACACGUGCUUCCUCUCUUGACAUCAAGGGAGGAAGGGGAUGGCCCAUUAAGAGUUACUCAGAUGACCUGAGGAAAGGAGGGAAAGUUCCAGCAGUUUCAUGAGAUGCAGUAUUGAGUGUUCUAGUUCCUGGAAUUAGUUGGCAGAGAAAAUGCUGCCUAGUGCUACAGAUGUACAUUAAAUACCAGCCAGCAGGAGGUGAUCAUAGGGGCAUAGCCAGUUCUGACAGUGUUUUAGGUGCCUGGAUAUUUUUUGAUGGAAAAAGAAUAUAUUGCCAAAUAUUAAGAAGCUCAGCUAUGAAAUGACCUCCAGGGAAUCAGAAAGGCACUAAUGAUGUUAGUAACUUUUAGUGGUUCUGUGCCUCUUAUCAAGUGUUACAGAGGACAUACCACUGCCAUGUCAGGGGUUUGCUUACAGUGAUGCCAUGAAGACAGUCCAGUAGACUUGGUAGCGACCCCCUCCCCCAACCCCUCUCCCUUUUCAGAUAAUGAUGGAACAGUAAUUACUUUCAGAAUGUUGUGUGGGUUCAAAUUCUCUAUGUACAGAUGAUGUAAAAAUAUGUAUAUGUCUAGAUGAGAGAAAGCAAAACAUUUUGUAUGCUGCAUGAAAGCGUUAUCUCUUCCUUACAGGUGUGAGCACCUUUCCUGAAAUUCUGACACCAUGUGCAAACUGAUCCAUCCUCUGUUUUUCCUUUUGUUUACAACACAGUAGUGUUCUGUUCACUUUUCCGGGGCACAAGUUUUUUUGUUCAUACUUUGGCUGUGAUGUCACAGUUUGUUCAGUGAGGUAUGAUGUGCUGCUGGGAAUGGAUUUUUUUUUUCAGGUUAAAUUAUUGAUACAACAGGAUUUUCAAGUUAUUCAGAAAUAUCCCUCAUUUCAUUAUUUUUCAAUUAUGUUUGAAAAUAGGAUUUGCACUGCUUUAUUUUAGGUGGUUGGGAGUUUUGAUUGCAUAUUUUGUUAUAGUUCAUAGUUGGAAAUAUUUGCGUAAAUGGUUUUCAACAAGCCUGAAAGUAAUUUCAAGAAUGUUUCAGUUAUAGAGGUAAAAUUUGCACACAAAACAUCUUAGGCACUUUUUAACAUUCUCAAUCAUGGGAAUUUUAACUUUUGGGAUUUGUUGAAAUCUUUUUUAUUAUCCUUCACAAUUUCAAUGCUUCUUUUAGUCAGAAAUGAUUCAGGGUUAUUUGAGGGGAAAAAACCCCAUAGUGCCUUGAUUUUAAUUCAGGUGAUAACUCACCAUCUUGAAGUCAUUGUCCGGUUUCUGUAGCAGUUUUGAAACCUUAGUACCUUUUUAACAGCAUGUGGGUGUCAGUGUCAUUAUUAGUCUCCUAAUAAGUUCCUCUGAAGACUGCUAUCAGUCUCUUGGACUGGAGGUACAAAUAAUUUAGAAAUAAAAGAUGACAACCUAACACUAUCAUAGUUAUUAAUGUGAUCCUAAAAUUGUUUCCUAAAUCAGCAUUUUUCUUUAGUCAUUUAAGAAUUUACCAGAAAUAUUUGCUCAAUAUGAUCUUGAUAUUCCUACAAAGAAAAAAGAAGGGGUAGGGAUUUGGCUAUGCCUUCACUACAUUAGAAUAUCGUAACUCACAUGCCUUCUAAACGUGAACUAAGAUUUCCUUUGGCAAUAUCAUAUUCUAAAAGUAAUAAAUUCCAAUACAAGUUACAUACAUUUAAAAAACAUUUUACAGAUUUUAUGGUACUAACGAAAUUUACAGUGAUAGAACAAAAGAGGAUUAGUAGAAAAUACAUUAUUAGAAUAUAAAAAAUGUUAUUACUGAGGAAAGGGAGGAGAGGACAAGUGUAAUAAAUCAAAAUUGACCUCAAAAGAAAAUGUGUAACAGAGUUGAGGUUGUUAAAACAGAAAAGGUUCUGAACAAUGAAGAUUAACCUAAUGCAGAAUUGCUAGGUAAAGAGGUCAGGGGAAUGCUAAGCCAGUUCUUAAGACUUCUCUGUCCUCUGCUUUGCUGUUAUCCUUAAGGCAUAUACUUUGUCUUUCUGCAGAAAAUUCUACCUGGCUACAAUUACUUUGAACAUUAAUGUUGAAAAAGGAAACAACCAAAGAAAAUUGGUACUUACCCUUCUACAAAAGAAGUGCGACUAGAUAUCAAUCAGUAAUUAACAUAUCAAGGAGCUCUUCUAGCUAAAUGACCAUCCAGUAGAGAUUUCCCACAUUCCCAUGAAUAUCAAGAAUAGUUGUCAGAAUAUGUAUGUACCUGAGCAUAUGUACACAGACAAGGGGGAUGUUGUGGAAUAUGGCAAUAGCAUUGUUCUUCUCCCCUUUCAAAUUGCCUUUCUUGACCUUAUGCCAUUCCAUAUAUAUCUGAGUUGUGCCUCAUUUAUUUAUUGGCAAUACCUAGUGAUAUGGAUUUAGCUAACAAAAGAUAUGAAGAACUAUUAUAUUGAGGCCUGUCCUCUACAUACCACCCUUAAAAGAUGGUGAACUGUGAGUACUACUUAGGUUGACAGCAACAAAGCAUAAGACAAGCCCCAGGUAAACGUCUAAACUGUUUACUCACAUUGUCCUACUCCAGCCCCUUCAAUUAUUUCCCAUCUCCACAAAUAGGGGAAAAAAUUAAAAUUUUCCUUUAUGAUUCUUACUGUUCUUCGCAGCUCAUCUUUUCCUGCUUAGAAUUAACCAUUGCUAAUUUAAAGAAGCAGCUAGCUGCUUUUCUGUCAGUCUGAAGCGUAGUAGUGGAAGAGGUAGUAAGCACCAGCUGCCUCUUUGCUGCUUUGUUUUCCUCCUGAUUGUCUUAAAUUUGGGUUGCAAAGCUAUCCCGCCCCCCACCCUGCCCCAUGAAACUUGAGCAUUCAAAUGAAGAUUCAGCAGUGUCUGUUCUUCAUUUCUAUAGCCAAAGCUGUUAGUUAAAAUCCCAAAUCUAUAGCAUUUAAAGAUACCAAAUAGAAACACCUUCCAGCUUUAAAAAAAAAAAAAAAAAAAGUCUUCCCUGUGCUUUAUUCUCACUUUCUUAAAAACACUUAUUCUGGGUGGUACUUUUUAGGUAAGAAACUACUGAGUUUCAGGAAAAAUGCUAGCUACUCUGCAGUUACCGUGCUUUGGACUUGCAGUUAUCAUAGUUUUGAGAGAGUCAGUAUUGUUUAACAAAUGCAAGUGAGAACUACAAGGGUUAAUAAAGUUGCUCCUUAGAGUGGUGUCAAACCAGAACCCAGACACUUAAAAAGUACUUCAUUUUUUGAAUGGAAAAUAUUGGAGGAACAAGUAUGGGAGAUGCAGGUAGCAUGUGAGUAAAUACUACAGUCUAGCCUUCGAGCAUCCCAAAUUCCGGGGGUAACUUGACAGUGCUGUGCUCUCCUUUGUCAUUUAUAUCUGGCUUAGGAAUGGAAUAGUAAUAACAAGAUGCCAGUGAUUUGGAAUAGUUUGUUAUAGAAUAUUCAGUGCAAAAUAGUGAAAAUGUUUGGUCUUCAGAAGUGCUGUAGUUGUUGGUCAUUGCCUUAAAGCAGUCUGCUUGACGCCAGGAGCACUGAAGCAGUCCAGCUCCAUCAAGAGCACUGUUGAAGGGAGAAGAACCCUUGUUCAGGAAGCCUUAGAAAGGGAUCCUUAAAAUAGUACUCUACGCAGACAAGUGAAAAUUCUUUUAAACUGGAUAUUACUCAACAUGUUUUCAGAUGUUUCCACUACAUUGAGGCAAACUUUUUAAAAGUGGAAUGCAAAUAGCAUUUUACUUUAGUAUUUCUGCUUUUUUCUUUCUGUUUCUUUGGUAAUUGAAAGUUUGUUGAUGAAUAUUUGUGUAAAACGCAUUCAAGUCUAUAACCUUUCCAAUUACCUGUGGCCCUUAGUCCCACAGGAGUCCCUGUUGGAAGGGGGUAAACACUGGAUAUUAAUGUUGCUGAGUGAGUCUUUCUAGCCAGGACAAGCUGAUUGGAAUUUUUGAAUGGUAGAGAAGAAACAGCACAAAGGCACUUGCCAUUUUAAGUGUUUGGAGAAAGAGAACCUUUUAAGUUUGGAUUGGGUGAGCUUUCUUCUAAAAGGAGCUUCUGAAGUAAUUGCAAAGGAAUAGAAUCGACUAUUUUUAUAGUAUAUUUAAUAUAUUUGUAUAUAACUAUGAGUAUAAUAGGAACCCUCUACAUGCCUCCCACUUUUCUAAUUUACUUCCCCUUUUGCCAUAGCACUAGUAUAGCCUCAUCCGCAUGGGUAAUGUGCCUAUUGUCAGCCUACCAAAAGAUAGUGCUGCUGCUUUAUGAGACAGGUGAGAAGACCCAACUCUCAUGCCUGGGGAUCCUUUACGGAAGGAAUAGCACACACUUUUAAAACAACAUACCACAGUCUAAAAGCAUCAUUUUGAAAUGUAACAAGCACUUUAUUGCAAUUACUCAUUUUGAUAAAGUUUAUUCUUAGGCGUUAACCAUUUCUAAAGGAUCCCCAAAUCAUCACUUACUUAGGUGAAAUUAUAUAAAAUGACACAUUUCUGAGAAAUGUUUAGGUCCAGUGAACCGUAGUUGGUUUAUGGGAGUGAUUUCAAGAUAGCCAAAUGAACUUUGAUUUUUGUUUUGAAUGUGGUGGAGUCAAGAGAUUGUAGAUGCCUAGUUUGAUUUAAACACUAUUGUAAACCUAUCUUGCCUAUUGUGUGGACACCAAAAGAGACCAAUGAGCCUGUUUAUUUUUCAGAGGUCUAGGAAAACUGCAUCCGUGUGAGUAGAUGUACAGAACUAAUCUAAAAGUGAUUGCUAGUAAUAUUUUAGAAUAUAAUAAUUUCAAGAAUUAUUCUGAGUGUUUUAAAUGUGCCCUGAAAUGUUGGCAUGUCAUUUCAGCAUUUCCAUUUGAAUUGCUCUUGUAAUAUUUUUGCACAAAAAGGUCUGAGAAAAAGACUACUUUGGUUAAAGGAAAAAAAUAGUAUAAUUUGGUCUUUAAUUUUAAUGUCUCCUGUGGAAACACUGGGGAUGAAUUUUGUUGGCACAGUUAUUCAGGAUAUUUAAAACAGUGUUGAACAGUUCACAAGAAAUUAAGCAAACUUGGAUUUUAAAAAUUAAAAUACUUUCUUUCCAUGUGACUGUUUUGCAUAGUUUUUUCCCCCCUAUGUCAUAACACUACAUUCCUUGUUUUUCUUAAAUAAAAUACUCUGCAGGUUUUGUUGUGAGUGUUUAUAACAGUAUUUUGUAAGCUGCCUGGGUUUCCUCAGGGAAACAUUAUUUAGUGGAAUAGGAUAUAGGUUAUGGAGAGACAACUAAGUGAAAUUCCAUCACCACCACCAGCAAACACUGAGGUGCUGCAUUAAGUGACAAUCAAACUAGUAAGUAUUUAUGAAAGAAUUUAGAAAGGGGUUCAAAGAAGCAAUUGCUUUUAAAGCAGUUCUCUGGGGUUCUUGAAUAAAAAUGGCUAAAUGUAUUUAUUUAUAUUUUAAAAUACCUGUGUGUUCUGUUUUCUCAUCAAAGUGAUUUCGGUGUCAUGUAUUUAAUGUGUGGUUUGUUUCGUUUUGCACCAUAUUCUUCUUAGAGAACUGGCUCUGAUUUGGGGUGCAGUCACCAACUCUCAUGAUAAUCUUUACGGACAGUCUGAAUCUACUUUACUUCAGGACGGCAGUGGAGGGGCCAACUCCAGAUGCCCCUGCACUUCCCUCCUCAAGUCAUCUAAGAAAGAAUUUUAGAAAUAACUCCUUUCAAAUCUGAUUCAUACAGUUCCAACCUUUUUCUAGUUUCACUUGCUGCCUUCUUUGUUUUAUGGGCACUUUUUGUGUGAUUACUUCCCCAACACAGCCAAAGGCCAGUAUGACAGAACCAAUGGCACAUGCCGCCUCUAUUUUGCCCAUUUGGGGAAAUGUUAGUAUAAGAAAUAGCAUCUUUUAAUGGCUGUCAUCAUAUCCAUAUUAAAAUCCAUUUAAAGUUCUUAAAUUUGGUGGAAUAAUGUAUACAGGCUGUAAACUUCUACAAAAAAUGUUUGCUGUCUUUAAUAUGGUGUCAAGUUACUUGGUCCUUUGAAAACAAAACAAAACUUCCAUACACAGCACUGCCCAGUAAAGCAGUGUUGGAAUAUUGGAAACCUAGACAUUCGAGGAUCCUUCUUGCUCACAAGCAUUGGAACAGAAUCCUCCACUUUAGGACUCAGAGAAGCUAUGGAGUCCCACAGGCUAGGUAUAGCACACAACUUAGAGAACGGUAGUUAAAGCACGUCAACCACAAUUGAAUUUAAUGAUCUAAAAAAUAUUUCUUAACUCUGAGGGUUAAACUGAAGAUAUGUUUUCAAAUAAAAGCUUUUAAAUUUCUUAGGAAACAAACUGUGACAUCGCUUUUAAAAAUGACAUUCAGAUGUUUAUAAUGUGUGUUUUUGAGUUGGCUUGGACUAGUGCAAGUUCACUGCUGGCAAUGGUUAUGCCAGUAGUUAAAAUAAGUUGUUACCUUCAGAUUGAUGUCUUGUAUAACCAGACAAUCAUCUUCAAGCAAAAAAAUUGGCCAGGAAAUGUCUUUAAAAAAAAAAAAAAAAAAAAAAAAAGUGUCAGCCAGAACAGUUACCAUUCAGACCAUACUGGAAUGAUUUUGAAAUCUUUACUAUGGUUUAAGUUGGGGAAGGCCUCAGUAUGGCAUUUUCAUAUUCACUCUAUGUAAAGAUUGAAGCCCAAAGAUGAGUUAAAUUCAGUGCUGUAUUGAAACCAGUCAGUGCAAAAAAAAAAAAAAAAAAGUUUUACCUUUGUAAAUUUUUCAUUGUUAACAUCAGUUGGUAGUUGUUAAAACAUGCACCAAAUUCUUUAUAAUGUUCUAUGUGGUUCUCAAUGUGAUAUUCUUGACAUUGCUGUCCUUACUGCUUGGUUCUUGGUUUUAAAUUAAAAAGUAGAUGUAGCUCAUCAUUUUUACUUCCAAAACGGUGGAGCUAAAAACGGCUAAUUGAUCUUGAGAUAAGAAUACCCUUUACUAAGGCAAAGAUUUAAUUGAAAUCCAAAUUGAUUUAUAGAAACAAAAGUGGCAUUUUCCAUUUGUUGUCUUCUGCCGAAAUUCUGAAUUGCAUACACGCAUGAAGGAUAAUGAAUGGUUUCAACGGUGCUAUAUUAGGUUCUCUGAUUUUCAUGACCUAUGUAUGUUUGGAAAUACAAUAUUGUAUAAAAUGUGGAUCGUUUUGUUACCGAUUUAAUAUUGCCAUUUUAAUUUGGUGUAACAAUUGGUUACACUUGUUUUUCAAAGCUAUCCUUUGAGGAGAAAGUCAAAAUGUGUUGUUAGCCUACCUCCACUCAGGCCUCUUGCUGUGUAAUCAUUAUUCCAGGUUAUGAUGUGCAUAGCUUUUAAAACUGCGUGUACUAUUAUUCUGCUCUUUCCCAUACUCUUGUCAUGUAUUCAGAACCGAAACUUAUAGCAAAAGAGCCAAGCAGUAGCAGUUUUUGUAAAUGUAAAAAUAAUUAGAUCCAGACUUUGUUUCCUUCAAUUUUAAAAAUAAAAAAUACCUCAGUGCUAUGUUUUUCAGUUAUCACCUGCAUUUCUCAAAAAAUAACACCUGCUUCAUGUGGCACAUAACUUGUAAGAAUCACAUUUUGGAUUUUAAAGACUAUUAAAUAUUUUAAGAUCACUAUCAA